CGUGCACUUCAGCAGCUAUACUUAUUUAGUGCUGAACGGCUCUGGAAGCUCAGGAGUUGAUAGGCUGAAUUGACAGUUGUGCAUGCCAAACCUGCAUAAACACUUGGAGAAGAGUUUGUUAAAUUUCAUAUUAUAUUUCAAAUCUUUAAAACUACAAUUAUCUGAGGAUUGGUGAAAAGGACAUGUCGUACACAAAUAAUCAUUACAUUGAGGCCAACGUCGUGCAACGGGUGGCUAGUCUGCCGCUCUUCGACUCCGCCCUGAAAACUGUUGUUUCAGUUUACACGGACGUAAAGGGCCGUUACCCGCUCCUGGGUGUGGUGGGGGGCGUGGCUGAGAUUGGGGUGCGUAAUGCGUCCCAGGCUGCCAUUCUCCGUGCCACACCCCUCCUACUUAGUCUGGAGCCCCAGAUUGAGGUUGUCAAUAACUAUGCUUGUAUGGGCUUGGAUCAGCUGGAAAAGAACUUUCCCGUCCUGCACCAGUCUACAGAGGAGGUAUUGGGUCACCUGAAGGAUGCCUUCUUUCUGACCCUGGAUGACGUGCAACUGCGUGUGAAUGAUGAGCUGGACGGGAUGCAGGGGCGCUGGGACAAGCUGACCGAUGCCACCUGGUACUACAUCCUGGCUGUGCAGGAGUCACAGCUGGGUCAGAUGGCCACCUCGGGCCUGGACGACAUCCUCACACGCUCAGAGGAGGCCAUGGCCAAGUACAUGCCCCUGACGGCUACACUGCGCCUAGAGUGGGAGAGGAGUACACAGCAGUAUGAGGAUGAAGUUGGGGAGGAUGAGCCUGGGUUGUGGACGCGGUUCCGAGGCCUCCUGCUUUGUCUGAGCCUGCAGCUGUACCACCGCCUGCUGAAGCUCAGAAACAGGCUGGAGCAGGCCAUGGGGAUGCUACAGGAUGCUACCGAAAGGAUCGGCCUGAGCAGGUUGCUGGAGGUGGUAGGCUCUGUGCUCCAGAGACUGCAGCUGCUCUACGUGUACCAGGUGUUACGUCUAGACAUCAUGAGGAGGCUGGCCCUGGACCAGCUGAAGGCCCAGGUACGGGUCCUGGCUGAACUGGGGCCCGUCAAGCAGCUGUUGGGACUGCCUGCUCAGGUGCAGCUUGUGGUGGCUGACCUGCAGGAGCUGGGCAAGAUCCUACUGCAGCUGCUGGUCAACAGCACCCCUCUCUACAACAUGCUCCAGCAGCCAAGUGAUCAGGAUGUGGAGGACUUCCUCAACCACCAGGAAUCCAUGUUCUCUGACACCACUCGCCGCAGUUCUGCCAAUAGCCUCUUUCUCAAGGCCAUGGACGGCCGUCCACACAAACGCACAAGCUCGUAUGCCCGCUCCCAAAGGGGCUCAACCAGUGCCCCCAGUCCAGCCCCAGCCAAACCGCCCAACAGCAGCCGUGGCAGCCAGAAGCAGGAUGACCAGACUCUAUCUCUGGAGCUCAAGGACCUGGAUCUCCCUUUCACCAUCGCUGUGUGUCAACGCUCUUCAGUACGCAGGGGCUCAUCCAGCAGUAUCAAUCCCUCAGACCCCAGCCCAGUCCCUGACCCAGCCCCGGCUAACCCAGCCAACGGCGAUGACCAGCCUCUCUCUCGCCAUGGCAGCCAGAAGCCUGUCGACCAGCCCCUCUCUCUCCAGGGCAGCCAAAAGCAGGAAGACCAGCCUUCCUUUGUGGAGCUGUACAGGACUGUGUGUCGCCGCUCCUCAGCCAUGAAGUUCCUCUUAGCCCCCAUCAUUCAGUACCUGAGCCCUGAGCCACUCUCAGAUGAGAUUGUUAUACCUGAGGUGGAGUCCACCAAGUUCCAUGCAGACACAAGAGACGAGAGCCCAACCACACGCCAGAGCCUGUCUGCCCGCUCCCACUGGAGCUCAUCCAAUGCCGUUGCACGCAAGGUGGAGACCACUGAGGACCUGAGUCCUGAACAAGUCUCAGAUGAGGCCAUUGCACUCGAGGUGGAGAGCACUGAGUACUACUCAGACCUAGAUGCAAGAGACGAGAGCCCAUCCAGAUGCAAGAGCCUGUCUUCCCACUCCCAAAGAAGCUCCUCAAGUGCUGGCAACCCGAAUGACCAGCCUCUCUCUCGCCGGGGCAGUCAGAAGCCAGGCGACCAGCCUCUCUCUCGCCGGGGCAGUCAGAAGCCAGGCGACCAGCCUCUCUCUCGCCGGGGCAGCCAGAAGCCAGAUGACCAGCCUCUCUCUCGCCGGGGCAGCCAGAUGCCAGAGGAUCAGCCUCUCUCUCUGGAGCUAGAUCCCCUGGAGCUCCCUUCUACAAGCACCGUGCUUCGCCCCUCCUCGGCUGCUGAAGUCCUCCUUGGCUCCAUCCUCCAGUACCUGAGCUCUGCUCCACCCUCGGAUGAGACCAUUAUACCCAAGGUGGAGACCACUGAGGACCUGAGCCCUGAGAAAGUCUCAGAUGAGGCCAUGGCACUCGAGGUGGAGAGCACUGAGUACUACUCAGAUGCAAGAGACGUGAGCCCAUCCAGACGCAACAGCCUGUCUGCCCACACCCACAGUAGCUCAUCAAGUGCUGGUAACCCGGAUGACCAGCCUCUCUCUCGCCGGGGCAGCCAGAAGCCAGAUGACCAACCUCUCUCUCGCCGGGGCAGCCAGAAGCCAGACGACCAGCCUCUUUUUCUGGAGCUGGACCCCCUAGAGCUUCAUUCUACCAGCACUGUGAGUCACCCCUCCUUGGCUGCCGAGGUCCUUCGAGGUUCCAUCCUCCAGGACAUUAGCUCUGAACCACCCUCAGACAAGCCUGUUGUACCCGAGGUGGAGACCACCAAGAACCACACAGAAGCCAGAGACGAGAGCCCACCCAGAAGCAAGAGCCUGUCUGGUCGCUCCCGCAGAAGCUCAUCAUGUGCUGGCAACCCAUCAAACAUCCGCCAGGGCACCCAGAUGCGGAAUGAAGAGCCUCUCUCUGUGGAGUUCAACAUCCUGGAGGUCUCUUCUACCAGUGCUUUGCGCCGCCGAUCCUUGGCUGCCGAGGUCCUCCUUGGCCCCAUCCUCCAGUACCUGAGCUCUGAACCAUCCUCAGACGAGACCAUUAUACCCGAGGUGGAGACUGCAGAGACGAAUGCACACACAAAAGAUGAGAGCCCACCCAGACACCAGAGCAUGUCUCCCCGCUCCCGCAGGAGCUCGUCCAGUGCUGUUGUGCCCGAGGUGGAGACUACUGAGUACUACUUUGACGAAGGAAACGGCAGCCCACUCAGACGCAAGAGCCUGUCAAUCCGCUCCUGCAGGACCUCAUCCAGUGGAGGCAACGCCCCAGCCCCCGGGCUAAUCCCGGACAACCCACACAAUGACCGCCAGGGCAGCCAGAUGCAGGACAGCCUGGAGGAGUUGGACACCCUGGCCUUCCCUUCUACCAGCACCGUGCGUCGCCGCUCCUGGGCUGUCGAUGUCCUCCUAGACCCCAUCCUGCAGUACCUGAACCCUGGGCACUCAGAAAAGGCCGAUAUAGAAGAGGUCGAAAUAUCCGUGGUGGAGGCCACAGAGCACUAAGAAGUCACCAGUGUCCUAGAAAUGGCCUCCCUCUGCAGGCCCAGGUGUAAGACUUAUUAGUUGAUUUUAGUUUGUGGGUACACAUAGGGGGGCCAUAGUUCAGCAGACAUAAUAUGUGAUCGGUCCAUUGAAAUCCAAAAUGUGUCAAUGUAUGUCACUGAAAGAUUCAGGCGUUCUUCUUCAUGUACAGACGCCAACCCACAUUUGUUUUGGUUUCCUAAGUGAGCAUCAUGUGACAUUAUACACCUUGCACCCCAUUAUAUAUUAGACCUAACUAUUCUUCAAUGAUGUGCUAACCUGAUGUCGCAUUCUGUUUUCUGUUACACUAAGUAGCCGUGAGAAACAUAGCUUGUCAUGAUUAAAGGUAGAAUAUGGAUUGGCCUAAAUAUGGAUGAUGGAAGGAUGUUGAAUGUGUUGAUUGAGGAAUGAGCAUCAAAUAGACAGAACAUGUGUAUGUCUUUAUUACAAUGUCAUAAUGUUUAAUAUUUCAUAACA